AGGGAAAAUAAAUGGGAAAGCGAUUAGUUUGGAUUUAGUGUGUCUGAGCCGCAGUCUGAAAUCAGAAGCACGGAAGUGGGCCGAGGCAUUAAGAGCGACCUUUGCUGUUGACCUCCAAGAAGAAAACAAGGCCCACUACCUCCGCUACAAACGGCAAAUGCCGUCGGCCUCAUUUCAAUUCGAGCGACUACAGAAUCAGCACGCAGGAGGAAAUGAUUUCGAAAGCGUUGACUAUCCUGUGGAUAGCUGGCAUCGCCUGCGGCCAGGAUGAUCUGGUCAGGGUAGAAACCGAUCUACUGAGCUUUUCCCGCAACCUAGAGCAGUAUCUUGACACCAGCAAGCAGCCGUGCCAGGACUUCUACGGUUAUGUCUGCUCGCACAGCGCCAACCUCAGCGAGACGGGCAGGCACCGGUUCCAGAGCUUGCUUAAGGAGACGGACGUCGCGCAGCUGAUGGACAUGGAGCUUCAGCUGAUCAACUUCUUCAAGUCCUGCGAGAGCGGACGUGGAGUGGAGGCGCUUAAGGGAUCUCAGUUGUUCAGGCAGACGGGGGGCUGGCCUGCCCUGGAUCCGAACAAGGCGAAUUUCAGUCAGCAAGCCAACCAAAGCUGGCUGGGAGUUCUUGGAUACUUCCACGAAGUGGGUGCGCCCUACUUCUUCAAGACCUCGGUCACCAUGCAGUCGAACAAGCGUCUGGUGGUACUGCAACCCGACUGCACACGCCGCAACACUUUGAGGAAAUUCGAGCAGCGGGUGGGUGAAGUCCUGCAGAGCUUCGGGAUCGAACAGAGCCGCGCCCACGUGACCGCCCUCGAAGUACUCAGCUUGGAGCGCAAUAGUCGGGACAUUAUGAAGGCGGAGCACAUCGAGGAUCAAGUGGAGUUUAGCUACGGGAACUUUAAGCGCAGCGUCUUCGGAAACGCCUCGCUGACCAGACUGGACUGGGAUGGCUACUUCCGCAAGUUACUGGGCGGCAAGACGCCUCAGGCCAGCGACACUAUUGUGGUCAAACAACUGCCCAGACUGGUUGAGUACUUCGCGCUGCUCCAGAACACGAGCAUGGUUCGGCUCCUGAAUUGGAUCUGGACAGACUACUUGAUGGAUAUCGUGGAUGCAGACUGCCACCAGUUGGCGGAGAACUAUGCCGGGGACCUUUACGCCCACGUGAAACAGCGCGUUACGGCAAAUCGCGUCGAACUAGCCAACAUGUACUCGGCGCUGGGCAAGGCCUUCACAGACCAGCUGGGCAGCAGUGUUUGGAUCGAUGAGAUCUCGCGGCAGAGCUCCAGACAGUUUCUGGGUACUAUUAUGCACAUUACCCUGAAUGGAGACGAGCGCUUGGACGCGGCAUACCACUCCAUCUUGCUGGGUCGGCGGAGUCUGUACCGCAACCUGGAAAAGCUGCGCAAGUUUCAGCUGCCGCGACGAUCGACCUCCCAGUCCGCCCAGCAGGUGCGUCGCUACGCCCAGGUAUUCGCUACAGUCAAUGCGUUCCCAGAGCAGCACAACCUGAGCGCGCCGCUCAACUACCUGCUACUGGGGGAGUUCUUCUCGCGCAGCCUGGUGGCUGCAGGCAGCAGCUCCCGCACGCCAGGAGCCUGGCUGAGCUCGGACUCCGAGCGGCGCUUUGGCAUCUUCCAGGAGUGUGUGGGCGGACAGACGAACGCCAUCGAUCUACUGCUGGGCCUGCUCGCCCAAAGACAGGCGCUAAGUGGAUACGGCCAGUGGAUGGCCAGCCGGACGGGACUGGAGGAGAGAGUCGACGCGCUUCUGGCCGCCGGGCGCUCUAAGAUGUCUCUACGGAGGCUCUUUUUCAUUACCAGCCUGCUCGUGGACUGCCGCUCCGAGCUGGGCGUCCUGCAGCAGGACCGCAAGAGGCAGCUGACUCACGCCACACUGCGCAACUCGCCGGAGUUCCUGGAGGCCUUUAAGUGCCGUCCCGGAGAUGGCCUCUACCCGCAGCACCAGCGCUGCAAUCCGUUCUAGGGCCGGACCUUGAACUUUGAGCUGCUUUGAGCUGCCACGCCACCGGUGGUGUUAAAAAUCGAUGAGCCUUGCCUGCAACCACUGGAGGGCUUCUACGACCGCGAGCAACCCCCAAUCGAUUGAUUUUUCCCGUCCCACUUUGCACAGUUGCAUGGAUUACCAUAUGCUUACGGGUUGGUUCCGUUACGGGUAAAAUAAACAAUUCGCCGUUCACUUGCAAAGACUUA